UGGUGGUAUCUGGACCGGAAUGAUACCGAAUAAAUUAGCGAAGUGCUUGCCGUGUCUCGGCCGAGGAACGAGCAGCUCUUUAUGCGAGUAUUACUAUGGUAACGACAUACUCGAAGGGCGAUCCCAUCCGAUUAGGUGUUACCUCUGAAAAUAUGGUAAUGUCUCUGUAUAUCUGAAGUUGGCGGUACAUCUAUUUCACGUACGCGUCUGUAUUGUCUGUGUAUGUUUGAAGCUAUGAAUCGUAGCAAUGGCUAUGAGGGCCAGUGUCCUCAUUUUUACAUCGAAUCCACGACCCUUGAAACUUCAACCGGCACGACAUCUGUAUAUCCCAGCGCCCAGGGCGAUUUCAACGCCUCCUCCAGACUUAUGAUUCUCACCUUGAGCGCAUCAAUCUCCUCUUGCGCGUCUGCACCCCGCCUCAAUUCUGUCUUCAGCCUGAUCAGCUCAGUUUGCUGCUUCAUCAAUACGUCAUGUAGUUCCAUCUGGCGGUCUGUGUGUGCGAGUACGGGAGAUGGCGUCUCGGAUCUAUUGCCUAGCGGAGCGGGCAGCGAAUACUCCGAGCACUCUUUCUUAGGAUCGGGACCAGUUGCAGUAUCUUCCGUCUCGAUAGAACUACCGGCGGCACGUUUUUCUAUAUUCGUAAAGUUUGUAUAUGUAUUCGAAUCCUUUGCUGUGGGGGUGAGAGGCGAGAAGGAUGCAUUCGAGCGUUUUCUGACCAUCCUGUCGCGAUGAAAUGUGACACGAUAUUUGUUUCGAUGCUGUCGCCGGAGGAGUGUGUAUACGAGGGCGGCUAGGAAUAACAAGAAUACAAAAGAUCCGACUGUGGCACCAACAAUUUCGUGUGUUUUCAAUCGCAAACUAUCGGAAGACGAUGCAUUUUGACUCGCGUUCGU